AUGGCGCCGAGCGGUGGAGUGUCAACGUGUCUCUCUUUUUUAAUUAUCUUUUUUGUACCCAUUAUCGCAUGGGAUUCCGAUCAUAUGGAAUUGUUCGAUCUUGUGGAAGAGAUUGGUAGUAAUUUCUAUGAAAUUUUGGGUGUGGAUGAGAGUGCUUCAUCUCAGGAAAUCCGCCGUGCCUACCGAAAACUCUCCUUACAACUCCACCCUGAUAAAAAUAAAGCUCCUGAUGCUGAGAAAAAAUUUUUGGAGAUGGUUUCAGUUUAUGAAGUCUUAAAGGAUCCAGAGAAAAGACAAAGAUACAAUGACAUCCUCAAGAAUGGUCUUCCUGAUUGGAAGCAACCUGUUUUCUAUUACCGUAGUGUACGAAAACUUGGUCUUCUAGAACUUACUGGCAUCAUGUUCUUCAUUUUCACCGUUGGACAAUAUUUGGUUAUUUGGUCGAUGUAUUUUGAAAAAAAAUUCACUGUUGAAGAAAACUUUCACAGCCGAUUAAAAAAAUCUGAGAAAAAGAGUCGCAAAAAAGCAGCAAUAUGUGAAAAUGUAAUCGAAGCAGAAUUUGAAGAAAAGAUGAAUGCAUUGAAUCGUCCACAAUUGAAGGACCUCUGGCCACUACGCUUAACUUGUUGGCUCUACAUGACUGCUCUGAAUACACCCUAUUACUACAGCCUACUCCGGGAGUAUGUAGCUACCUCUUGGAAUGAGCGAUACAAGCAGCAAGAAUCAGAAGAAAAUACUGAGGACCUUGCUCAAGAACCUGUGAAAAAAGUAAAAAAGCGACAAAAGAUUGAACUUCCAGAAUAUUCUCCAGAGACUCUUGCCAAUGCCACGGCUGUUGCUUAUAUGCCAAUCAUUGAUGCAACUCAGGAUGAAAAAGUGGACCAAAAACUGAAGUCUGGCACUGAAUGGAGUGAGGAGGAAUAUGCAUUGCUUGCAAAGGCUGUGGCCAAAUUUCCUGGUGGCACUUCUGGAAGAUGGGAAAAAAUCUCUGAGAUGGUUGGUCGACCAGUGUCUGAGGUUUUAAGCAAAUCCAAAGUCAAUAAGAAGAGCUUUCCUGUUAAUGUCACACCUGGUUUACAAGGAAGCCAUGCUGACAACAUUAAAUUCAAAUCUAGCUCUCGUACUACUCAGAUAAGUGACAGUAUCAUAUCUACAAAAAUAGACUUCCCUUGUACGAGUGAGUCUGGUGCGUCUGAAAAAGAAACCACUCAGGCAAACUGUAAAAAAAAAACUCUGAAUAAAAUGAAAUUGGUUCCCCGGAACCAAACUCUACUUGUACCUGCUAGUAGUUCAAAAACCAGUACCCAGCUGGAAUUAGCAGCUGAAGAUAUUGGUUCUUUGGCAGCAGAGCCAAAGACAGAUACUUCUCAAGGUGAUGCUGAGAGUUGGUCACAAACUGAGCAAAUGGUUCUUGAAAUGAUGCUAAGACAAUAUCCAAAAGGAACAGAGCAGAGAUGGGAAAAAAUUGCAGAGAAUUUAUCAAAUAAAACAAAGGAAGACUGUAUUGCACGCUAUAAGCAUUUAGUAGAAUUGGUAUCACCAAUUGACCAAAGUACAGAUAUCUUUUUUUGUGCUGAGACUUUUGUUUCUGCUUGGUGA